UCCUUUCGUGCAAUUGGAUCUCGAACAAGUCACUCAUACGUUUGCCUGGCGGGGCAGGGAAACACCCAAGAAAGUUUCUCUAAUGUUCAAACAAAAGACUGUGCUGUAGUCACAAAGUAGACUGGCUGGCGAACACAUAGUGGCGAAUACUGUGUGCGUAAAUUAAUAAGACGAAAUUCUUUAUCUUCAUUAUUUUUUGAGAAAGUUACGAUGAUGUCAUACCUAUGGAUUUUCUUUCUUGCAACUCUCGUCACCGGAGUGAAUUCGCAAGACGCAGAGGCAGCAGCUGAGGAGGAGGAAGCAGUGGCAGCAGACGCAGCCCCCGAGGAGGAGGCCGCAGCUGAGGAGGAAGCGGCGGCAGACCCAGCCCCAGAGGAAGAGGCCGCUCCAGAAGAGGAUGCAUCAGAUACGGCAGCGGAGGAGGAGGCUCCAGCAGAGGGGGAUGCCCCAGCUGAGGAGGAGACUCCUGCAGAGGGAGACGCUGCUGUGGAGGAGGAGGCUCCUGUAGAAGAAGCAGCAGCACCAGAAACAGAAGCAGAGGCAGAGGAGGCUGCUCCUGAAGGUGAAGCUGAUACAGGGGAUGCAGCUGCCCCAGAAGGAACGGCGGCAGCUCCAGUCCCAGAGGAAGGAGGGGCAGAAUCGGAGGCAGAUGCAGGGGCAGGAGCAGAGUCAGAGGCGGAGGCCGAGGCAGAAGGUGAAGCUGACACCCCUGGCGAAACUCCUCCAGAGGGUACCGACGACGCAGCACCAGCAGAGGAGGUGCCCCCAGCAGAAGGUGGAGAGACAGAUGCCUCCCCAGAUGAGGCAACAGAAGACGCGGCAGCAGAGGAGGAAGUAAAACCAGAGGAAGGCUUUGACUUAUCCGAUGCUCUUGAACCAGAUAAUAGUGACCCUCCUGCUGAGGCCGGUCCCGUUGAGGGCAAAGGAGCACGCUCUGGGGCUCCAGCUGCAGCUCCAGCUGAAGGCGGUGAGGAACCUAAAGAAGCUGGAUCUGGUACUCUUGCCGGUGUAUUGAGUGCAAUCGUAGUAGCUGUUGUUGGAGCAGCAGCCGGUUACUUUACCUACCAGAAGAAGAAGCUCUGCUUCAAACCUCAAGAAGACCCAGAGAGUGCACAUAAGAAGGAGGAUCCUGGUGCCCAGGCUGAGCCUCAGGUUCUCAGCAACCUUCUAAGUUCAUCAUAAAAGAUGAUGGAGCUGUUUGUUUGGGGGUGGAUCUGCAACCUGAAUGCUGUUGUCUACUGAAAUGUAGUUGGAGUGAAGUACGUCGUCAUUCAAGGGCCUUAAUGUGAAAUGGUGGAUAUCAGAAGGCGAAGAUCUGAGAGUAUUUUGGGAUAAAGAAUGUGAAAAAUGUGUUACAGUGGUCCAUCUUUAAUAUUACCUCCAUGUAGUGCCUUUUGUCUGCAGGGAAAGGAAGCACGUGGGACUUCUUUUACUUCAGUGAAAUUAUGAUAGGUUUCUGUCUCAUAAAAUCAUACAUUUUUAGGAUAUAAGAUUGUAUAAAUGCUAGAAUGGACUGUGGGUGACUGAUUUGGUUAAAAACCUGAAACAAUGUUUGAGAUAAUUUAAAUGUGUUGGUACAAUAGCUUUUUUCUCGGGAGAAGCACUUUUCUUUCAAUAGAUGCUCUGAUAGACUUUUUACCUUAUUCAUGUCUGAUUUAUUUUGUUUAAAAUGUUUCCCUAUGUCAAUUUUUUGCCUUGCAAUUGUCUCAUACUUAGACAAGGCACUUCUGCUUUUUGGAACGCUGUAAAUAGGCUACUGAAACAUUUGAAUAAAGUGGGAUUUAUGUGU